CGGGACUCAGGUCCUCUCUUCUUCACCUCUUCCUUGCGACCACAAGAAUGAAGAGUACUACUGCCCUGGAUGGAGUACAUUACACGAGGGGUCUGUGGACAGGAAGGGUGCCGUGAAACGCGGUACUAUAUCGACAAUGGUCUUUGGUUUUGCAGGCGGGGUCAUCAGCAGGAGGGCCGCCAAGUUGAAGAUGAUGCCGAUGAUUUUAAUCCUUCAGGUCGAACGAGUCGCAUAAAGAAAGCGGCAGCCGAAAAGGCCCAAAGGACUUACCAAGGCCGUCAGGCAUCUCGUUUGUUUCUGCAAGUCUAUCAAUUGAUCCUCUGGAAACAAUCAUCCGCCUUGGUCCAGAGCCGCGGCUUUCCGCCCGAGUUUGAGAAUGUGGUCCGAGAUCUUUGGGCACUCCACUUGAAUACCUUCGCAGAUCAAAUCAAUGAGCUGUCGGAGCAGGAGGAUGAGCCGCGGUUCUUCAGCUCUCAACCGGCUUCCAGCUUUGAUGAAUCUACAGAGGCGAAGCUCGGCACCACGCGUACAAAGUGGCCUCGGCUUAUCGACAGUCUGGCCCUAUGCUAUCUUGCCGCGCUAUUGAUGAGACUCCCGGUGAGCGUUGAGGACUUUCAUCGCAUGGCCAUCCGAGGCGAAAUGCCCUUCAUCAGAGUCAUCAAAGACAUCCCCCGAGAGAUGCGAGACAGGUUGCCACAACAUUUCAUCGCCAUUAUCGAAACUACAAAGUUGAUUCGGGCCGAGCAUCUUCAUGGCGCCGUUGCAGAUCUCCUGUCCUACUAUCACAAUAGGUUUGACAUGAAGUUUCCGGCUUUAAAUUGGCCGUUUCUGUUGUAUAGAUACAUCAGAAGGCUUGCACUGCCGAUUGAUUUAUAUGCUGCCGUCAAAAGGCUGCGACCUCUACUAGGUUUCUCUUUCGAGUACCCCAAGGGGGCACAAGGAAGAAGACGACCUUUGCGACUACCAGAAGUGCAGAUCGUCGUGUCGAUUGUCAUUGCUACCAAACUAUUCUUCCCUUUUGACGACUACAAUAGAUACCCUGUUUCUUCGAAGGAGCCCUCGGUCCAAGUUAUCGACUGGGCGCUCUGGGCGCAGAACCAAAGGCUCUUCGACCGUGAGGGAAUGAUUGGUGGCUGGUCGGGCAAAGGCAAGCAACUCGCAGUGACCGAGAAAGACAUAUUGGACAUGACACCGUCUCAAAUGGACGAAUAUAUGAAUUGGUAUGAGAGAUCCUGGCUCGACCACAGCAAAGCGCAAAACCCGUUGGCCGAGUUCUUCCCACUUAACAUCAAUACAAAUGAGAGCCAGACAGCCGGCACGUCGACAGAAGACAAUGAAAGAGUGGCUCUGCUUACGAUGCUGCGGACCUCCACAAGUCAGCUGAAAUUAACAAAGGUCAUCGCGGGGGAGAGUAUUGAUACACCCCGACCAGGCUCCGCCUACGCGCGUUAUCGGACGGAGGCCGAUCUACCUGAUACAGCAAGGCCUUUCUUCGAGACCACUGCCAAGGUAGCUGGAGUCUCGCUCUCUACCCUUGUUAGAGCGGUGUCUCAGGCAGAACAUAGACUGACGAGAUGGCUGGAAGGGCAGCGACGGGUCGAAACAAUGGGAGACGCCCUGGACACUGAUUUCUCCACGGAAGAUAGCGAGCUGGAUGAUUAUGACAUGCCUGAAUCAGAGCCUGGAGAAUGAAUAGGAUGUGCGUAUGUACGAGCCAGCAUUUGAGUCGCAUGGCCAGUGCUUGGUUAGUGGGGUUGAAUGGAGCAUGCAUGCAAUGUGAGAGCCAACAUGUCUGUAUAGUUUGAAUUGAGCCAAGACCAAG